UCCUCCUCCUGACGAAUCGUAAAUUUUAUACGUACAUAUUUUCUGAUAUUUUGCUGCUGAUAUUGUGAAAAUUGUAUAUUGAUAAAUAACUUAAAAAGGCAGUUGAAAACUAAAAUAACAGGUAUAUGGUUGUGUAAUUCAAUCGAAGUUUAUAUAUACGAUCUAUUUAAAUGUUUAUGUGCCACCAGAAAAAAAUAUAGAUCGUUUCGAUACAGAACUGAUAUCGUCGGCUAUCGCAGACGUUUGUUUUAGCCAUAAAUAACGAAAAUAAACAUGGGUUAUCAGACAAGAUGCAAGUUUCUAAUUCUCCAAACACUGCUGAUAGCUUUAGUGGCAGCCAGAAAGCAUCACCUAGAAGUUCGCCAUGACGUGCGGCCAUAUAUAGCUUUGAGCACAUUCGGUUUCUAUAUUGGUGGACAUUUAGAUGUGCUGUUGAGUAAAAUGCAUAUAGAAGAUGAGAAUGAACAAGAUUUGUUUGGCCUAACGUUAGAUAAAACUACAAUAGACCAAUUAAACCCAUACUUGGACUCGCAUCAAAACAGAUGCAUACUAGAGGAACCCGCAGAAAUGCAGCGCAGUGGUCCAAUUUUAAUAUUUCUAUUGGACUUGAAAAAUCAGCUUAUAAGAGUAAAAUGUUCGCCCGAGUGGAAGAAUCAACACAUUGUACGCAACCAUGAUGAGCUGCCUAUGUACCGUGGAAAGCGUUACUCUAAGCUUAGCGAUUCAACAAUCUUUCUACAGCGCCGUAGGCGUAGUGAUGACGCGGCCGUUGCACCUGGUGAUGAAAACGAUAUACCAUUGGAGGAACGUGAAAUGCUUGAUGACGACGAUUCGGUUGAAGUGCCACAAAUAAUUUCGAAGCCCUCAUCUCCAUUGCCAGCUGUUAAUGCACCACUACCGACAAAAGUUGCCGAGUCAGCUGUACACGCAGUUGCUGUCAAAGCGCCAAUAGCAGCAGAUGCUAAUAAAGAAGUUCAAUCUAUUGCAGAGGAAAAUCCUUUCCCUCACGAACCGGAAAAAGUCGCACCUGCAAUUACGGCAUCUCAAAUUAAUUUCGAAGAUAAUGCGCAGUUUGAGAUUUGCCGCAACUAUACAAUGCCAUUGACAAAGCGAGUUAUUGAUGGAAAGGUCUAUUACAAUAUGUCGUUCUCCAUGCUUGUGGCCGCCUUGCAUGAUGAGGGUCUUUACAACCUGCAUUUCCACUCUUGCCCCAAUUACAGGGGAUUGAAGGAGGUUUCUUUCGAUGUGGACAUUGAGGAGAAAAAUGAAAAUAAUUUCCUUUCCGCUGGCGAAAUGCCGCUCCCCGCUUUAUAUUCCAUGAUGAGCGUACUAUUUUGCUUGUCGGGCUUCUUCUGGAUCUUCAUUUUGAAGAAGAGCAAGCACAACGUUCACAAACUACACUACAUAAUGGCCUUGCUGGUGUUCCUUAAGUCGCUGUCUCUCAUGUUCCACGCCAUUAAUUAUCAUUUUAUCGAAAUACGCGGUGAGCACGUUGAAGCUUGGGCGAUAUUGUAUUACAUAACACAUUUAUUGAAAGGUUCCGUAUUAUUCAUCACAAUCGUGCUUAUGGGCACCGGCUGGACAUUCAUUAAACCCAUACUUUCUGAUAAGGAUAAGAAAAUCUUCAUGAUUGUCAUACCGCUGCAGGUACUUGCCAACGUUGCUGAGAUCAUAAUUGACGAGUCCGAAGAGAGCGAUAUUGAGUUCCGCACUUGGCGCAAUAUUUUUAUUUUCGUUGAUUUGCUCUGUUGCGGUGCCAUACUCUUCCCGAUUGUCUGGUCCAUACGCCAUUUGCAUGAGGCGUCGGCCACCGACGGCAAAGCUGCUAUAAAUUUGCGCAAACUCAAGCUUUUCCGUCAAUUCUACAUAAUGAUAGUUUGUUACAUUUACUUCACACGUAUCAUUGUGUAUCUGCUGAAGAUGACCGUGGCAUUUCAGUAUGCUUGGCUGGAUGAGAUGUUCCACGAAAUGGCAACUUAUGUGUUCUUCGUCUUGACGGCUUAUAAAUUUCGUCCGACUUCAUCACAUCCAUACUUCUCGGUGCGUAAUAUGGAUGAUGACGAAGUGGAAGUACUUACUGAAUCUGGUCUCACAGAGGGUUUACAUCGCACGAAGGCGCUUAACCGUACUGUAUUGCCACCAGCUGGCUCCACACUACUUAAAAGCUCAGCUGAAGAACGUGAGAAUUUAAUAACGAAACGUGAAUCGAGUCAUGAAUACGAUUAAAUGGCGAAAGCAAAUUGAAGACAAGCCGUAGUGUGCGGAAUGAAGAAAAUAGUUGUGCAUUUUUUGUUGUAUUGAAGUAUAUUUGUUGGAUGUAAAUGUAUGUGGCCAUUGCCAGUGUGGAAUGUCUUACAUUCAGAUUUAACAUUCUAAUUUCCAAUAAAUUUUGGUUUCUCGGUUUUCUUGCAAAUAUGCAUAGGCAACUUAUAUAAAAUUGGCAGUUUGUUCAACACACUGCCAUAUUAUUAUGAUACUAAAUAUUAUUUUAGAUAAUUUUUAUAACUGAUGGCGCAUGCAAUUGAGCAAUAAACUAGAUAUAUAUUUCAGAAUAA